AUGGACGAGACAUCCGUACAAGCACUAACAGACGCCUUUACUGUUUCACAAAUCAAAAGAGCUAAACAGUCCGUCUCAGAAAAUAAAUGGAAUGCCUUUCUAUCUUCAACUAACCAUGAAACUGUUUCCAUGGCUCAUCAACUUAAAGGGCUCCAAAAUAAUAUGAGUAUCUACGAUUCAAUAGAUCCAGACGUGGUUUUGGACAGUUUGGAUCUACUGAAGGUGUUCCCAGAUCAACAUCAACAAGAGUCAACUGCAGCAGAAGAUUACACGGAAACCCAAUUACGGAAUCUAUUACACUAUUUCAAGAAUGACUUCUUUCUGUGGAUGAAUGCUCCUGAAUGUCAACAUUGUGGAUCAAAAGAAACAAAAUGUGUAGCACAUGUGCAAGAGCCAUUUGAGGGCAGAUGGACAACUGAAACGUGUCGUGUUGAAGUGUACAACUGUCCCUUAGGUCAUACCACCAAAUUCCCUAGGUUAAACCAUCCUUUAAAUCUUCUCUAUUCCAAAACAGGAAGAUGUGGCGAAUGGGUCAAUUGUUUCCUUAUGGUAGCCAAGUGUGUCAUUGGUGGUGAUUUCCGAUACAUCUGGAACGUUGAAGAUCAUGUAUGGUGUGAAUUCUAUAGUCCCCAUAAACAACGGUGGAUCCAUUUGGACCCUUGUGAAGCUGUCAUGGAUGAGCCCCUGCUCUACUCAGAAAACUGGGGGAAGGCAAUGAGUCUAGUGGUUGGAAGUGGCGAGGAUUAUAUGGUUGAUCUAAGUACAAAAUAUAUCACCAAGAAUCGUAUAACCAAGCCUCAGAUUAAACAAAAGGAUAUCCAACGGUGUAUUUCAUUGCUUAACCAAACAACAUUACUUCAACAACUGACACGUCAUAAUCUCCAAUACUUGUAUGUCAAAGCUAUCGUAAGGAAAAAUAAAGAACUUAAAUCACAACUCUCCACCACGACCCAGACUCCGGCUAUGACAACUACUAUCCCUAAAGGUCGUCAAUCCGGAUCAGCUGAAUGGACAAAGCAAAGAGGAGAAGACGGGUUAUAG